AUGUCUUAUUUGUUCCCCCUUCUCGGUUUUCAAGUUUCUGCUAUCGGGCGUGUUUAUUUGAAAGAUGAAAGAAAGCAAAGAACACUUCGAAGUGAACGCGAAAUCCUCCGUAUACGUAACUUCAUCUCGUUUGUCAUUAUCUAUCUAUCUAUCUAUCUAUCUAUCUAUCUAUCUAUCUAUCUAUCUAUCUAUCUAUCUAUCUAUCCUUUUUUCUUGGGCGUAUCUCCAGCCCAGUAUCUAUCUAUCUAUCUAUCUAUCUAUCUAAUCAUAUUAUCUAUCUAUCUAUCUAUCUAUCUAUCUAUCUAUCUAUCUAUCUAUCUAUCUAUCUAUCUAUCUAUCUAUCUAGAUUUUAUUCUACCUCAUCCUGUUCAAAUCUAUCUAUGUCAGUCUGUUCUAUCUAUCUAUCUAUCUAUCUAUCUAUCUAUCUAUCUAUCUAUCUAUCUAUCUAUCUAUCUAUCUAGAUUUUAUUCUAUCUCAUCCUGUUCAAAUCUAUCUAUGUCAGUCUGUUCAUAUUUAUCUAUCUAUCUAUCUAUCUAUCUAUCUAGAUUUUAUUCUAUCUCAUCCUGUUCAAAUCUAUCUAUGCCAGUCUGUUCAUAUCUAUCUAUCUAUCUAUCUUGA